AUGUCGAAUACAACAACAACCGCAACAACAACAAAUAUAAAUGAAAAUAAAGUUAGAGAAAUAUAUAAAGCCCCAAUGAAAAUUGGGGAAAUUGAAUAUAUACCCUAUCAAGGUGAAUCACAAAUUCAAGAUUUAAUGAGUUUAAUAGAGAAAGAAUUACCAGAACCAUAUUCAAUUUUCACAUAUAGAUUUUUUUUAAAUCAAUGGCCAGAGUUAUGUUUUUUAGCAUAUUGUAAUGGUCAAUUGAUUGGUGUUAUCAUUUCAAAGAAACAAACCCAUAAAUUAUUAGAAAGAGGUUAUAUUGGAAUGAUUGUUGUAGAUAAAACAUUUAGAAGACAAAAAAUUGGAUCAACUCUUAUUAAAUUAACAAUUGAAAAAAUGAUUGAAAUGAAAUGUGAUGAAGUUGUUUUAGAAACUAUUUUUACAAAUAUUCAAGCGAUUUCAUUAUAUGAAAAUUUAGGUUUCACAAGAAUAAAAAGAUUAUUUAGAUAUUAUACAAUGGGAGCAGAUGCAGUUAGGUUACUUUUACCUUUGAAUGAUAAAUUUUUAAUAAAAUAA